CUCCGGCCCUUCCAGGGAUGCUCCUGUGUCGCCCCCUGCAGGUCGCCACCGCUUGGCAGCCCGGCCUCUGCGGUGCUGCUGACGUCAACUUGUCCUGGCUCAGACAAGCCCCGCGUCGGCUGCGUCCCAGGACGGGCUCCCGAGCGCCACGCUCCCCCGGGCGCGUGUCCUUCGGGAGAGUCCCGGGCGGCGAGCGAGGAGGACGCCGCUCGGCCCUCGGGAGGAGGAUCCAGGCAGCGAGAGGAGGCCGAGGCCGGCCGCGCUGCUCUCCCGGCCUCUGCGCGGGAUCAGGGAGACUAAGUGACAAGGAGCGCCCGGGGCGGGAGGACAGGGUCCGGGCAGCGUCCAGGGUCCCAGCAGCGGCUGCCGGGGUCUCAGGCCAGGGCGCUGUCAAGGCGGGACCUGAAUACCUGGGCGCUCCGGGUCUCCCUGGGGUUUCCGUCGACCUCUGCCUACCGGUGCCGGGUCCUCCUGCCUGGACACUGGUGACGCAAUGCCUACUUCUCACGCCCAUUGGAUGCAGGCUCCAACACCAUCCAGUCAGCGUCGCAGAGCUCCACGACUCGGAGCCCCCAACUCCCGAGGUUGGGGUGAUGGCUCCCCGAACGCUCCUGCUGCUGCUCUCCGGCACCCUGGUCCUGACCAAGCCCCGGGAGGGCCCCCACUCCCUGAGCUACUUCCAAGUCUCUGUGUCCCGGCCCGGCCGCGCGGAGCCCCGGUACAUGGAGAUCGGCUACGUGGACCGCACGGAGAUCGUGCGCUUCGACAGCGACGCCGCGAAUCCGAGGAUGGAGCCGCGGGCGCCGUGGAUGGAGCGGGAGGGUCAGGCGUACUGGGACCGGAACACAGAGACAGUCAAGGGCAACGCGCAGGUUCACAUAUCGAGCCUGCCGAACCUGCGCGAAUACUACAACCAGAGCCCGGAAUCUUCUCAAACCUUCCAGAGCAUGUAUGGCUGCGAAGUCGGGCCCGACGGGCGCUUCCUCGGCGGGUACGUGCAGUACGCCUACGAUGGUGCGGAUUACAUCGCCCUUGACGAGGACCUGAGCUCCUGGGUCACCAGGCAGACUGAGGCUCAGGAGACACAGCGCAAGUGGGUGAAGACCGAUUUGGCAGAGCGCUUCAAGGCCUACCUGCAGGGCACCUGCGUGGAGUGGCUCCACAGACACCUGGAGAACCGGAAUGAGAGCCUGCAGCGCGCAGAUCCCCCAGAGACACGUGUGACCCACCACCCCAUCUCCGAGGAAGAGGUCACCCUGAGGUGCUGGGCCCUGGGCUUCUACCCUGAGGAGAUCGCCAUGACCUGGCAGAGGGAUGGGCAGGACCUGACCCAGGCCAUGGACCCAGAGGAGACGAGGCCUGAUGGGAGUGGAACCUUCCAGAAGAGGGUGGAUAUGGUGGUGCCUUCUGGAGAAGAGCAGAAGUACACAUGCCAUGUGCAGCAUGAGGGGCUGAGUGAGCCCCACACCCUGAGAUGGGAGUCUCCUCCUCAGCCCCCUAGCCCCAUCCUGGGGGUUGUGACUGCUGUGAUUGUCCUUGUAGCUGUAUUCACUGGAUUUGGGAUGAUGAGGAGGAAGAAGACAGCAGGUGUGAAAGGAGGGAGCUAUGUUCAGUCUUCAAGUUGUGACAGUGCCCAGGACUCUGAUUCAUCUCUCAUGGCUUCUAAAGUGUGAGACAGCUGCCUUGGGGUGACUGAGCCACACCCGACUUCUCCAGCCCAGGCCUUGUGACCUCAAGAACACCCGAAUCCCCUCCCUGCAAAGGCUUCUGAGUGUGUCCAUGGACCUGUCAGCAUUGGGGAGGAUGUGGAGAGCGCAGCCCGGCCCUGGCCGCCAGGACUCCUUUGCCCACACUGACCCGUGUCCCUUCCUCAUCAGCUGUCCUGUCCCAGCAGUCAUGGGCUGGGAAGGCUCCAGCCAUGUCAUGGUGCCCUGAGCUGCCCCUCCUUCUGUGCUGUCCUGAGAACUGUCCCCAGCCUGGCCAGUGAGCCCCGUCCUGUAGUGGGUGCUGGUCAGCUGUGCGGUGGCCUCCCUGGACUGAAGCUGUGUGUGGACUCCAGCCCAGCAGGGUGGCUCACCCGGGCCGGGAGACAGCGCCUGCGGUACCAGGGGUGCUUCUCACCAGGAUGAGAUGGUGCACAGGGCGCAGCUUCCCAGGACCCCGCCUGCUUGGGAUCCGGCUUUUACUUGAACAACAGGCCUGCGAUAACUGCAGCAGCUAGCCAGGCGGGGCUGUGUGCAGCAGCCCUGCAGCCUGCAGGGCCUCUGCUGUCUGCCAGGGACAAGGGGGCUCUGAGUCUGCGGGCCCUUCUCAGAGGCAGGUUUCUUUCAUCUUGCCAGGAAAAGCACACAACACACACUGAAUGGAAGACUCAGAAUCUACACUUGAUUCAUUAAAGAAGACUUGUAGCGUCUGUGUGUGGCAAUAAACGGGAGCCCCAAGAACCA